AUGGAAAUGAAUCACCUCAUAGGUCAGCGUUUCAACCUGAUCUCGAAAAGUGACAUUCGCUAUGUCGGUACUCUUCACGAAAUCAACCCCGAAGCUUCCACGAUAGCUCUCGAGAAUGUCAUGUCAUUCGGCUCAGAAGGGCGCCGUGGCAACCCCGCCGAGGAAGUCCCUCCCUCCACCAGUGUCUAUGAGUACAUUGUCUUUCGAGGAAGCGAUGUGAAGGACAUUAGCAUUGCUGGGGAGGACCAAAAGGAUCCCGCACCGCAAGAACCACCUCGGGUACCAGAUGACCCUGCUAUUCUCGGGGGAAUGCAACGACCGGUUCCUGGCCCAGGGCCUGACUCAGGACCUGCCCCACCGAAUAUUCCUCCCCAGGCCCCUCCCCAACUACCCCAGGGAGCUGGCCCAACUCCUCCCGGUUACCCCCAGCAGCAACAAUUCCAGCAAGGCUAUUACCCACCCUACGGACAACAGCGAUUCGGACCACCUCCUCCAUUCCCUCCCGGUCCCGGUUUCCCGCCCUACGGUGCUCCGCCCGGAUGGUACCCACCUCCAGGCCAUGGAUUCCCCCCGGUCCUGGUCAAUUCCAACCUCCGAUGCCCAUUGGCCCUGCGCCCAGGGCCUCCCGGUGCCGCUCCUGCACCUAAGUCCAACUCUGAACUUCCGGUUGAGGAGAAGCUCCCCAACAAGCCUACUAGUCGUAACGCAACUCCCGCCGCCCAGAACGCCCCCACUCCUCCGAUCGAAUCCAAGCCUACAGUGGCUGAAGCUUUACAAGGUCCUGUCAGCACUGCUCCUCUGACUGCUGUCCCUCAGAAGAAUGGCCGAGUCAUGCCAGCUAUCCCAAUCGCUGCCCCAAAGCCUGCUCCUCCGACUACCCAUAUUCCUACCGCCCCUCGGGGAAAUAACCAGUCGAUCACCGAUGCAACGGCCGCUGCCACCGCUGCCGUUGCUGCCGCCAUGGCUAAGUUGCCGCAGCCCGGUGCCCAGAAGCAGCCUGGACAGCCCGAAGGUGUCGUGGAUGCGCUUGCGCAGCAGAUGAAUCAGAUGCGCCCUUACGACAACACCCGUGGUCCCCGAGGCGGUCACCACCACCCUCGUGGUGGACGCGGUGGCACUCGUCCUCAGCAGCAGCACAAGAAAAUUGAGGUCCCCCAAUCGGAUUACGAUUUCCAAACUGCAAACGCCAAAUUCAACAAGCAGGAUUUGGUGAAGGAGGCCAUUGCUACCGGGGUUCCUGCUCUUGAAGCUGAAGCUCAUGCAGCUGAGGAGGCGGAAUCCAUGGAAUCCAUGUCAAAUGGCGGUGCCUCUUCGCACCACGGCUACAACCGCGGCUCUUCCUUCUUCGACAAUAUUUCGAGCGAGGCUCGUGAUCGUGAGGAAAACACCGGUCGUGUAGGUGGUCGCGAAUGGCGCGGUGAGGAGGAGAAACGCAAUAUGGAGACCUUUGGACAAGGUAGCGUUGAUGGCUACCGGCCCAACUACCGCGGUCGUGGUCGUGGCCGCGGCUAUGGUCGUGGUCGAGGCGGAGGUGGUUACAGUCGUGGCUAUGGCCGUGGCCGCGGCGGCCGAGUCACCUCGGAGUCCACUGGUGUCCCAUCCCAGGGUUAA